AUGAAACAAACUGAGGGAUCUGUCGAUUUUCCCUGCGCAGCUGCGGGCAAGGAUUGUCAAAUUUGGUACAUGUGCGCCGGUGAUAUUCGAUCAGGUCGGCCACUAGUCAUCCUCCACGGAGGUCCUGGAAUGAGCCAUGACUAUCUCUUGAGUCUCACCGAUCUUGCUUCACCGACACGGCCUCUUAUUUUCUUUGAUCAAAUCGGAACCGGCAAAUCAACUCAUCUACCUGAAAAACGAUGCGACUAUGACUUCUGGACGGAGCAGUUUUUUCUUGAUCAGGUGACGGCGGUGGUCACCCUCUUGGGCAUCCAAGAUGACUACGAUUUACUUGGUCAGUCGUGGGGUGGGAUGCUGGCUGCAGCAUAUGCUGCCACGCAACCGGCUGGACUUCGACGCCUGGUGUUGGCAAACACUCCUUUCAGCUCCAAGAUGUGGACAGAUACUUACAAGCGCUAUCGGGAUCUUAUGCCUGAAGAGCUACGCAAGCAGUUGAUGCAAACACGAACUUUCGACACUACACCUACUCCGGAGUACCAGGAGGCUCUUGAUGAGUUCUACAAGCGACAUUUCAUGAAUCUUGACCCCCUACCAGCGGAAAUCCAGCGUUGCUACGACGACUUGGGAAGGGAUGAUACGGUGUGGAAAAGCACCCUUGGGCCGGAUGAGUUUGACUGGGUUGGCACAAUGGCGACCUGGACCAUGGAAGGCCGAGCGCAUUUGAUCAAGGUACGGACGCUACUGAUGAAUGGGGCACAAGAGGGUGCCGAUGACCUUUCGCAAUCCGAAUUCAAGAAAUUCGUCGACGCAGAUUGGGUCAAGUUCGACAAAUCCACCCACAUGCCGCAUUGGGAAGAGAGAGAUAAGUUCAUGAGAACGGUCAGCGAGUUCCUCAAUGCAUAA